AUGGAACAGCGCAGAACCCACAAAGGAGUAGACGAUCAACAAUAUAAAUACAUACACAAGUUAAUCCAAACAAAAGUACUUGAAGCGGAAGAAAAAUGGAUGGUUGACCAAUGCAUUGCGAUAGAAGAGUUUGAGGCCAGAUAUGAUUAUUUUAAUGUGCAUAGGAAAGUCAGGGAAAUAACGGGUACUUUUAAAACACGAAACAUGAACUGUAACGUUUUACUGGAUGAUCAGGGAAAUCCUGCUAAAACAAUUGAAGAUAAACUUAAUACUUGGCAAAAUUAUAUAACAACACUAUUCCAUGACGUUAGACCUGCUCUAGAAUCAAGUUCAUGUGGAAAUUUAGACUUGUAUUUAAAAAUGAAACAAAGGACGCGUCUUAUGCACAGUGGGGAUGACCUGAUCCCAAAUAUGAAUGGUUUAAAGGACAGUGAAAAUUUUCCCAGCGAGAUUCAGCUGUAUAGAAUAAAGCCACAAGACCACUUCAUUGAAGCUCAAGUUCAAGAAGGCGAUACAUUACAGGCUAUUGCUCUACGGUUUCAUUGUUCUAUUUCAGAAUUGAAGAGGAUCAACAAUAUUCAUAAAGACAAUGAAAUAUUUGCAAGACGGACCAUUAAAGUGCCUGUCACACCAUACUCAGUGCUCACAGAACUUGUCCCCACACAACCAUCACCACAGCCAAUUCCUUCAACAUCAAACCAAGAUUCAACGAGCCUCAUGAUGCAUAAUUUGGUUCAAAAUCCUGUAGAAAAUAAAUUACAUCUGCAAAGUGAUAUUUCCAAUGGAACAGAUACAAAGGAUGGUGACUUUGCAAUUGAUUGCAACACAGUAGUUUUAAAUAGCACAUUGACUCCAUCUGUAGUUCCUUAUACAGAUGCAGAACAAAGUGAAUAUGUAUCAGAAGAUACUCAGCUAUUGCCCAACAAACCCAAGGUUCCUGUUGAAGCUGUGGUCGUAAAACAAUUAACAUCACAAGGAGCAGAUUUUGGAUUAAAGUGGUACCAUCUUAUUUGUUGCUUACUUGUUUUGGGGGUUGUGACACCACUCCUAUAUGUAAUGUUUUAUUUGUCUAAGCCUUUACAUCCAAGCCGA